GCAGGCGCGUGUCGGCCGUGCAACGACACCGAGAUCCUGAUGGCCAUUUGCACUAGUGACUUUGUGAUCCGUGGCAGCAUCCGGAGCGUGUCCAACGACGCGGAGCUGCAGGAAUCCAUCAUCGGGGUGAGCGCCACCCGCAUCCACCGACAGAAGUUCCCGCUCUUCCAGGUGGGCGGGCGGCCGGGGUGGCCCGUGGGCAGCAUCCGCACCCCCCUGCGCUGUGGGGUCAAGCCGGGCCCCGGCACCUUCCUGUUCACGGGGUGGCUGCAUUUCGGGGAGGCCUGGCUGAGCUGCGCCCCCCGCUACCGGGACUUCCAGCGCAUCUACGAGGGGGCCCAGCGCGCGCGCCAGAACCCCUGUGAGUUCCCCGUGGACUGA